CACGUGUGCGCAUAUGUGUAUUAUAUUUUGUCAGCUGAUUCUGCACAUGUAAGUACUAUACCGAUUAAUUCCAAGAAGGCAAGAAUUUGUAAAUUAUCAUCAUGCCGAAGCGAAGAUCCAAGCAGCCUCUUCACCUCGACUCCAACGAUGCUCCAAGUGACACCACCAAGAAAGCAAGAGGCCUGAGCAAGAACACCAAAUUAAGUAAGACUCGAGAUGUGGCUCAAGAAAACAAUGGCAACCAAGAUGCAGCUGACAUGGCCAACAUAGGCAUAGCUUCUCCUGCAGAGGCAUUGCACAUCUCAUUCACCCCAUGAAGAUUGAAACAUUCAUGGAAGAGUACUGGGAAAAGCAACCUAUCGUCAUAUCCAACAGAGAAAAGCAUCGGGACUACUUCCAAUCUCUUUUUACAAGGACAAUUUUAGAGGGGUUGGUAGCAGAAAAGAAAAUCUCUUUCAUCCAAGACUGUAAUGUGUGCAGGUACAAGGGAGAAGUGAGAGAAUCGCUGAAUGGGAACGGAAUUGUGAAGCCUACUAAACUCAAGGAGCUCUUGGAUCAAGACAAAGCUACGAUUCAGUUUCAUCAACCUCAACGCUUUCAGGAAAGUGUUUGGAAUCUCCUUGAAAAGCUGGAGUCUUAUUUUGGCUGCCUGGUGGGAUCUAAUAUCUACAUGACACCCAAGCUAUCACAGGGAUUGGCUCCUCACUACGAUGAUGUAGAGGUGUUUGUACUUCAGCUGGAAGGGGAGAAACACUGGCGUCUCUACAAACCACCCACCCUUCUCCCUAGAGAUUAUAGUAGAGAUCUUGAUCAAUCGGAGCUAGGAGAGCCAACACAUGACAUCGUUCUUAAGGCAGGGGACUUGAUGUACUUCCCACGAGGAACUGUUCACCAGGCAGAUACUCCAAGUACUUGUAGCCACUCCACACAUCUCACUAUAAGCACAUAUCAAAGAUCUUCUUGGGGUGAUCUACUGAGUAUUGCCCUCCCAUCCAUGAUCCAGACAGCUAUCUCAGAGAACGUCUCAUACCGUCAGGGUCUUCCUCUUAGAUUCGUCUCAGAUCCUAACCAUCAAGCAAGCAGCAGCGAGACUGGUAGAAAAAUGGCAGAUUUGAUAUCUCAACUGAGCAGCCAUAUUGAGUCACAUGGUCAGGAAGCAGCCAAUGAGAUGCUCUGUGACUUCAUAGCCAAUCGUCUUCCGCCCUUUUGUGAUGGGGAAACUGACCUUGCCCCAAGAGGUCCAAUGCCAUCGUCAGACCAACAGGUACGGUUACGCUUUCCUGAUCACACUUUCAUCGUAAAAAGACAGAGUGAAGAGGACGAGGAAGAGGAGGAUGAGGAAGAAGAAGAAGAUGAUGAGGAAGAAGAUGAAGAUGAAGAUGAAAAGGAGUUUCAAGUCUUUGUCUAUCAUUCUCUUCAUAAUUCUCACCUAGAACACAUGAUGUGUAGUGAACCUAAAGAGGCUCUUGGGAUCCAGCUACCGAGGGAGUGCGAGCCAGCUCUCAGGGCCCUUCAGGAAUGUCCGCAAUCAUGGAGGAACGUCAGUGACAUCAGUCAGGAUGAUGCAGGCUCACAGAUGAUCAUGUCUCUGUGGGCAGAGGGCCUGGUAGAGAUCAGAGAUACAGAGGAAAGUUUAUGAUGAUGGCCUACCUACAUCCAUUGUAGUUCAGUCAUGGAGGAACGUUAAAGACAACUAGAGGAUGGUGUCAGGUGACUCGGGUCACUGAUGAUUAUGUGACCUGGUGAGGGCCUGGUAGAAGUCAGAGAUACAGAGGAUACUUUAUGAUGUAGGCCUACCUACAUCCAUUGUAGAAAGGGACACUAGUAGUACAGUCAUGGAGGAACGUCAAAGACAA